UGCCGGUAAGACAAAGAACCCCGCAGAUUACCAUCAAUACGACGCCGAGGAGGAGGGGGAUUGAGAGGAGGGGAGAAUGAACGAGCCUGGCCGACGUCCCAAUAUGGACAACGAAGAUAAGGGAGGGUCAGGUCUCAGCCGGCAUGGGGAAGAAGAAGAAGAAGAAGAAGAAGAAGAAGAAGAAGAAGAAGGAGGAGGAGGAGGAGGAGGAGGAGGAGAUGACAAGAUGCAGGCAAUGUGGGAGGAGAAGGAGAGGGAGGGGGAGAGGGAGAGGGAGAGCAAGGCAGAGGGGAAGCAGAAGGGGAAGGAGAGAGAAGAAGGGAGAGGUGGAGAGGAGGAGGGGGAGGAGGGGAAGAUGGAUAAGGAGGGGGAGGGGGAGGAGGAGGAGGAUGAGAAGAUGGAAAAGAGGAAGGGGGAGGAGGGGGGGAGGAAGAGGAAGGAGGGGGGAAGGAAAGGGGAGGAGAAGGUGGAAGAGGACGAUGCACGGACCAGCGAAGCAUACGUCGAAACCACUGUGUAAGACGAGUUUCACGUACAGGGUGUCGACGCUGGCGAGCCCGAAUGUAAUGUUGACGGAGCAUGGCCACGAGAAAGC